AUGGCUACCACGGUUCUUCCCCAGAAGCGUGUGCUUGGGGAGACACCCAGCACCCGUCGCAACAUCCCACCGACACCGUCGUCCCUCAAGAAGCGCAAGGUCGAAGGCUUCUCGUCCUCCCCAGCCCAUCGCAUCGGCUCGCAAAAGAACUCCAAGAACCUUCCAGGAUCAAGUCAACCCAAGAGCGCCUUUGAAUCAGAGGUCCUUGAGAAGCUCAGUCAGGACAUAUCUGAUGCUAAGCAGAACAACACAGAGAAGGAUCAAGCGUGGGACCGACCAGAGCUUGUUGAUUUCAACUCCCAGAAGGACAAUCUCAUCUUCCAACAGAUUGAGGCAGAAGAAGGUAGCUUACAUGGUGGCCGUGCAACAGUUAAGCUGUUCGGUGUUACAGAACAGGGUAACUCGGUGAUGCUUCACGUCACGGACUUCAAGCACUACCUCUAUGUUGCUGCCCCCGUAGCGUUCCGGCCUGAAGACUGCAAUGCCUUCAAGGCCUACCUAGAGUCGCAGGUCGCACAGCACCAACCUGCCAUUCAUUCCGUUUCCUUCGCUAUGAGAGAAAACAUCUACGGCUUCCAAGGAAAUGUUCAGAGUCCUUACCUGAAGAUUACUGUUAUGGACCCCAAGUUCAUCAGCAGAGUGCGGACAACAAUUGAGACAGGCAGUGCCAACUGGAAGGGCCUGUGGAAAGGUAUGGAAGGAGGCGUCAUGACUUUUGAUAACAUUCAAUACGUCUUGCGCUUCAUGGUAGAUUGCAAGAUCCACGGAAUGUCAUGGGUCGAAGCCCCUGCGAAGUCAUACCAGCUCCUCCCCCAAUCACAUCGACAAUCUAAUUGCCAAAUCGAAGCGGAAAUCAGCUACCUCGAUCUUAUUGCCCACAAGCCCGAGGGAGAAUGGUCAAAGAUGGCCCCUCUGAGAAUCAUGUCAUUCGAUAUCGAGUGUGCUGGACGUAAAGGCAUCUUCCCCGAGGCAACACACGACCCUGUCAUUCAGAUUGCGAACGUCGUAACCCGAUAUGGAGAGAAAAAACCAUUUGUGCGGAAUGUCUUCUGUCUGGAUACUACCAGUCCCAUUGUCGCCACUCAAAUCCUGGAGUUUCAAAAGGAAGAAAAGAUGUUGAGCGAUUGGCAGAAGUUCCUCGUCAAGGUUGAUCCAGAUAUCAUCAUCGGGUACAACAUUGCCAAUUUUGAUUUUCCCUACCUUCUCGACAGAGCCAGACACUUGAAAGUUGCUGGGUUCGAGUACUGGUCUCGGAUACCGAGCAUAGCCUCGAGGUCCAAGGAGACAAACUUCUCCAGCAAACAGAUGGGUAACCGCGACACAAAGGCCACAAACACCAACGGACGACUGCAACUGGAUUUGUUGCAGCUUGUUCAACGUGACCAUCACCUGCGAAGUUACACGCUCAAUUCUGUAUGCUCACACUUUCUGGGAGAGCAAAAGGAAGAUGUCCACCAUACUAUGAUUACAGAAUUGUUCAACGGAACCCCUGAAUCACGGCGUCGUCUUGCUCUGUAUUGUCUGAAGGAUGCUUAUCUCCCGCAACGGUUGAUGGACAAACUGUCCUGCCUGGAGAACUACACAGAAAUGGCCAGAGUCACGGGUAUUCCUUUCAACUUCCUACUCUCCAGAGGUCAGCAAGUCAAGUUCAUCAGUCAGCUUUUCCGCAAGGCACUCGAGCAGAAGCUUGUCAUUCCAAACCUGCGGUCGGAGAGCAGUGAUGAGCAAUACGAAGGUGCCACCGUUAUUGAACCGACUCGAGGAUACUACGACGUGCCAAUCGCCACUCUAGAUUUCGCUUCCCUGUAUCCCAGUAUCAUGCAAGCCCACAACCUGUGUUACACGACACUGGUCAACAAGAAGGCCAUCGAGAAAUUUGACCUGAAGAAAGACGAGGAUUAUAUUGUUACUCCAAACGGUGACACUUUCGUUACAGUCAAGAAGCGCAAGGGUCUCCUUGCUCAGAUUCUCGAGGAACUUCUUGCAGCUAGAAAGCAGGCCAAGCGCGAGCUCGCAGUGGAAACGGAUCCGUUCAAGAAGGCCGUGCUUAAUGGUCGACAAUUGGCUUUGAAGAUCAGUGCAAACUCCGUCUACGGCCUGACGGGUGCGACAACUGGUAAGUUGCCCUGCCUAGAAAUCGCCAGUAGCACCACGAGUUUCGGUCGACAAAUGAUUAUGAAGACGAAAGAGGAAGUGGAAAAGAAGUACUGCAUCGCCAACGGCUACUCCCAUGAUGCCCAGGUCAUCUAUGGUGAUACUGAUUCAGUCAUGGUCAAAUUUGGCACCAAAGACCUCCCAGAGGCAAUGAAACUUGGUGAGGAAGCCGCUGGUUUUGUAUCUUCCAAAUUUGUCAAGCCGAUCAAGUUGGAGUUCGAAAAGGUAUACUUCCCAUAUCUGCUCAUCAACAAGAAGCGAUAUGCCGGCUUGUACUGGACCAAGCCAGAGAAGUACGACAAAAUGGACACGAAGGGUAUCGAGACUGUGCGACGAGAUAACUGUCUGCUUGUGCAAACGGUCAUUGAGAAAGUGCUUCGCAUGAUCCUGAUUGAUCAGGAUGUCCAGGGUGCUCAAGACUAUGUCAAGGACACCAUUGCGGACUUGCUGCAGAACAAGGUGGAUAUGUCGAAGCUUGUGAUAACAAAGGCUCUUACGAAAGACGAUUACGCCGCCAAACAAGCACACGUCGAGCUGGCGCAAAGAAUGAAGAAGCGUGACGCUGGCUCGGCGCCAGGUCUCGGUGACCGAGUUGCAUACGUGAUGGUCAAGGGCGCAGCUGGUUCGAAGAACUACGAGAAUUCUGAGGACCCCAUCUACGUUCUCGAGAAUAACGUGCCAGUUGACACGAAAUAUUACCUUGACAACCAGCUCGCGAAGCCUCUCGGCAGAAUUUUUGAGCCCAUUCUGGGCGAGACCAAGGCGAACUCGCUUCUCACGGGAGCACACACGCGGACAAUUGCAGUGUCUGCGCCGACCGUGGGAGGCUUGAUGAAAUUUGCAAAGAAGACACAGACUUGCAUGGGAUGCAAGCGGCCGCUCAAGGGCAAGGAAGAGAGCGCGGGGGCCGUUUGCUCGGACUGCGCGCCUCGGGUCGGCGAACUCUACAAGAAGACUCUCGACAAGGUGUCUGACCUCGAGGUGCGGUUCGGUCGGCUCUGGACGCAAUGCCAACGAUGCCAGGGCAGCAUGCACUGCGAAGUGAUUUGCAGCAGCAAGGACUGCCCCAUCUUUUACAUGCGUAUGAAGGCGAAGAAGGACCUUGAGGAUGCAGGCAAGGAGCUGAAGCGUUUCGACUUUGACCAGGCGGCAAUCUGGUAG